AUGCAGAGUGUGCCGAGCGAGACGACCCUGAACUCGGAACCCUACAAGAGCAAAGACACCAUGAACACCAUGAGGAACGAAAAGUCCACGGAGUACUCAGACCACUCGGACGCGUCGAACAACAAGGAGGACUACAUUGAUCACAAGGAGGAGUUUGAUAAAAAAAUGUGUGGCAGCAUGCACGAUAAGCUCAACCUGUACGACAAUAUUGUAAGUGAAAUAAAAGAGCUGUACAAUGGCAAUAUAGUUAUGAAUAAUAAAGGUGUGGAUCGCCUGAACAUAAAAAAUGUGGCCAAGGGAUUAUUUCUGAGUAUUAAUAAAACGAUUUCGAAAAAAGUGCGUGUGUUAGUGAUAGGAAAUUCAUCCUCAGGCAAAAGUACUUUUAUUAAUUGGUUUUUGCAAGAGAAUAUUCAAAAGACAGGUUACGAAUUUGAGACCAAUCAUUUCACUCUCAUCACAAGUGGAAAUUAUUAUUCAGAGUUUAAUGGAGAUGUCACGAUUAAAUCAUUUGAUUUCAUGAAAGAAAUUGCCCAACGAAAUAGGAAUUUUAAAAAUAAUUUAUGUACAAAAAUGUAUAUAAGUAAAAAUAUUGAGACAAAAAAUAUUGACUUUAUUGACACACCAGGAUUGAAAGAUAUAAUGAACAAAAUUGAUUUCGAUAUUAACAGUAUAAUAUAUGAUUUAUCAGAUUAUGUGGAUAUUAUUUUAAUUUUUUUUGACUCUUCAGGAAAGUCUUUAAGUAAUCGUUUACUUCUUAUUAUUAAAGAAAUAUAUGAAAAGCAUUUAGAAAAAAUAAUUUUUAUUUUUUCCAAAAUUGAUGAAAUAAAAUAUGAACAGGACAGGAUAAAAUUGCUUUGUCAAACAACUCAGUGUUUGGCUAGCAAAAUUAACAUACGCUACAAUAUUGAUUUGGUCCCUAUUUAUAUUCAUGGGGCUAAAAAUGGCAGGUACCUCUUUGAGGGCGCCAGAAAGGACGACGACCUCUGCAUUGUCAAUCGCAUGAGCGAUAUCAUUUAUGAGAUAAAGAAACUUUUUUUUAAAAAAUUGGAAAAGGACCUGUACUGCCUCGUGCACGACUGCGACUGCAUCAUUAAUAAGAUACUCGACAUUUUGAAGACGGACGGGGAGAGGCACGUCCACAAGUCAACCCUCAGGCGCGAACGCAUAAAACACACGAUCAUCCAGGUGUUCACCUUCGUGGCGUUUCUCUUCUUCCUGUGGACGCAGCUCUCCGUGCACACCUACUACAAGGAUGUACUUAUGAGCUACGUGGACAUGUCGAGCAACCGCUUUUACAAAAAUUAUAUCAUCAACACGGGAACCAUUCUUAACAAUUGGGAAAACUCCUACCUGAUGAUAAACAUGGCCUUGGUUUUCUUCUUCCUCUUGAGCGGGAUCAUGAAAAAAAAAUUCACGAAAAAUAUAAAGACUUUGCACGUGUCAAGCAAGGAAAUACUUAGGGAACAACUUACGUUUGCCAAGUUCGCCAAAGACAGAGGCAAGUACUUGGCCAAGACCUUCUAUGAGUUGAAGCAGACUUGA